GUCGGUCAGCGGGUGACAGCUGAUUUCAACACACGUGCGUUUGUUGAUGUUGCGAGCUGAUUGCUCUCGUGAAGUUAUCGAAAAUUUUACAUUUUUCUGCUAAUUUUGGGUGUAAUUUGAAGCAAAAUGAGUGUUAAAAUAAAAACCAAAGAAAUAUACGAGGUCCAGAAGCAGUACAAAGCCUUCUACACGGGCGGCUCCGUCCAGUGGACCGCAGAUGGAACCGAAAUGCUGUGCCAAAAUGCCGGGGCCAUGAAUUUGGUUUCGGUCACGGACGAUACCGUCGAACCGGUUGCUUUCGGCGAUGCCGAUGAAUCGGACCCAGUUUACACGUUUGCCUUGUGUCAGGAUAGCGUGGUUUCGGCUCACCGAUCCGGACUGCUGAAGAUGUGGGAUAAAAGCUCCAGGCAGGUAACGAAAAUGUGGCGGGGGCUACAUCAGGGUCCGAUUACGAAGUUGGUGUUCAGAGAGGAUGGUGCGUUGAUCGCGAGUGGAGGCACGGAUACGUCGGUUCGAGUUUGGGAUCCCAAGGAGCAGGUCUGCAAGGGAACGCUGAGGGGAUGCCAGGGCGUUGUUAAUCUGUUGGUGUUCCACCCGGACGUAGAGAGUAAGGUGCUGCUGGCCGCUGGUGACGAUGUGAAAAUUAACGCUUGGAACUACGAGACGAGGGAGUUAGUGAAAUCGUUUGAGGGUCACUUUUCGAAAGUGACGGGGAUAUCGUUUACAAGCGAUCAUAAAUUCUUGGUAUCAUCCGGUCGAGAUAAAAUCCUGAUAUUGUGGAACUACGAAACGCAACAGGCGGUCAAAACUGUUCCUGUAUAUGAGAGUUUGGAAAGUGUGAUUGUUCUCCCAAAAGGCGUUCAUCUGCCGGGUCUGAAAUUAAAAUCGGACAAAGUUUAUGCAGCUUGUGCUGGCGAGGAAGGAUUGAUCAAGGUGUGGGAAAUGACCGAAACAAAGAUUGUUUUCAAGCAGAAAAACAGCUUGGUCACGAAAUCUGCCGAGGAGGGAGGCCUAGCCAUAACGAAUUUGCUUUUCAACAAGCAAUCAUCGAAAUUGGCCAUUGUUAGUGCUGAUCACAAUAUCAUCAUUCAUGAUUUGGAAACAUUUGAAUGCUCCAAACAACUAUCAGGAUUCAGUGAUGAGAUUUUGGAUCUCAUACUGUUUGGAAAGAAGGAUCGUUUCCUCGGAAUGGCCACCAAUAGUAACGAUUUCAAGAUUUAUGACACCACGAAUAUGAACUGCCAGUUGAUCAAAGGUCACACUGAUAUCGUUUUGUCGUUAUCAGCUAAUCAAAACUAUAUACUUUCGUCAUCCAAGGACAAUUCUAUAAGGCUGUGGCGUUAUGAUGCCACCAAUUUCUCUGUCCAGUGCAUUGCCAUCGGUCUUAAACACACCAAUGCUGUUGGAAGCAUCGCUAUAAGUAAAGUAUCCGGAAAAUUCGCCGCCAGUGUCAGUCAGGACAAAUGCUUGAAAGUUUGGAAAAUACCAAAAGAGUUCAACGAUACUACAGACGAGAAGGAACUCACCCGAUUAAACUGCACACUGACCGAGCUGGCACACGAAAAAGACAUCAACUGCGUCUGUAUAUCGCCAAAUGAUCGCCUGAUUGCGACCGGGUCCCAAGAUAAAACGGCCAAAUUGUGGGAUGUCAGCAAUCUCAGCUUGGUUGGAGUUUUCCGAGGUCACCGCAGAGGAAUCUGGGCCGUUCGGUUCUCCCCCGUGGAUCAAAUCCUGCUCACCAAUGCGGCCGAUUGUUCCAUCAAGUUGUGGUCCCUCACGGACAUGACCUGUCUCAAAUCACUGGAAGGUCACGAAAGUUCCGUACUGCGCGUGGAGUUUCUAUCCCAUGGGAUGCAACUGCUUUCCGCCGGGGCCGAUGGCCUCCUGAAGUUGUGGUCCAUUAAAACCUCAGAAUGCCUUCAAACAUUGGACAAGCAUGAAAGCCGUAUAUGGGCUUUGUGCGUAACCGAGGACGAAUCCGUCUUCUACAGCGGUGGUUCCGACUCUCAGCUAAUCAAGUGGAAGGACGUUACCGACGAGAAACGUGAACGGGAAAUGAACGAACGCAAGGAAGUGCUCCUUCAGGAACAGGAGCUGAACAACCUCCUACAGGACAAGAAACUGCUCAAAGCCCUCCGCCUAGCCCUGAACCUCGAUCGCCCCCUAAUGACCCUGAAAAUCAUCACCUCCGUCAUCAAAGGUCAAGAACAGGGUCUCCCAGACACCAUCCACAUACUCCGAAACGACCACAAGGAAACCCUCCUGAAACACGCCAUCGAAUGGAACACCAACAGCCGAAACUGCCGUCCCGCCCAACUGGUCCUGAACAUCCUCCUACAGCAAAUGCUCUCCGGUGAGUUCCAGAUCUCCGAGCUGAACAAACACCUGGAGGCAGCACUGCCCUACACCGAGCGGCACUUCAAACGGAUGACCGAGUACGCCAAGGACCUCAAGUUUAUCGAGUAUACGCUGCACUGUAUGCAACCGCACGCUACCACCACAACAAGGAGUGGCAAUAAAAGUGACGAGAUGUAAUUACUGUCCGAUCCCAGCGUUAUUUUGUAAGUACUCA